AAAAGCUGCCUCGGUAUGAAUCAGUGUACUUGUUUAAGCGCAGGGUAUACACCAUUGACUAUGAAUGAUGCGAGAUCUUUAAAUCUACUUACAAUAAUCACCUGUUUAUAGUUUUGUUGACUUGGAUUAUGAUAUUUUUGAGUCAAUCUGUGGAUGUCUCGGUCUACACUGUGUGUCGCUCUUGAUAUGAUUUAGUUGUAGAUUCAUAUUCGUUUAAGGUCUCAUCACAAGGCAUCAUAGGUAGAAACGAAAAUAUGUAAUCGAUGCUUCCUGUACAUGAAAGCGACACUUACCUUGCUUUACCUGCAAUGGCUUGCUCACAACGGAGCUCAAUUUAACUUUUGAUAAAAUUCUUUCGUGCGUUUGCAUGGCACAAUCAUGGGAAAUUGUCAGUCUCUUCAAGUCAAUAUAGCCACAAACUGCAAAUUUGUUGGACGAGAUAAAGACCUGGAAUCAUGUAUGGACUUGCUUUCCACGAAUAAAUCAGUUCUUGUUUUUGGAAUGAAGAAAAUUGGAAAGUCGAGAUUUAUUGAAGAACUAUAUAAACGGUUAUUUAAACAGUGUAAAAGUAAAAAAUACGUGUGGAAGGAUUUUGAAUUAGACAAUAUAGACUCAGAUCAUACGCUAUAUUCUUGGUUUAUUGAAUUUCUGACUUGCAUAAAUGCGCGUAAAGAAAAAGAGCGUUUUGAAAACACGUAUCCAUCAGAAACAAUCGCAUGUAACUCUUGCAAGAAUUGCAAACAAUCUGAUAGAGACAAAUGUAUAGUCCGGAAUUAUCUAAUAAACAAGGCUACCGAUGACUUAAUAGAUGCCCUGGGGAAAUAUGAAAGUGAAAUUGUACUUUUCCUAGAUAAUAUCGACAAGAUUAUGGACUGUCCAGAAUUGAGAGAUUGUUUUCUACAUUUUUACUAUAAAUCAGUAAAACUCGCUAUGUUGCAAACAGUUCUCACGUCAGCAAACAAACUAAAACUAAAAACAAAAUGUUAUGCAUUUCUUGAACUCAAACCAUUAGAUAAUAGAGCAAUUCUGGAAUUGCUCUUUAAAAUGACUGAAGAAAGAGAAAACAAUUCAGAGGAGGAAAAAGAACGUGAUGGAACUGUGAAAUUCUCGCCAGAAUUUCAGGUAUUCACACAAGAGAACGGACCGUAUAUUAAGGCAAUUGUUAGUUUAUGUGACGGCCUCCCUUUAGCUGCAGCAAUGGCAGGGUUGCUGUUGACCGAAGACGAUGGCUUACUGACACCUGCAGACCUUGUUGAAUUUCUCAUACAUAUAAGACAACAGGCUCUUAGUUCAGACAGCUGCCAGCCAGAUGAACGAUUAGAUAUCUAUACAGAAGAAAUGAAAAAGGUAGUGGAGGAUGUUGCAUUGUUUUUCCAUUGUUUAAAUGAAAAGACGACCGGUAGCUAUUUCAGUAUUGACGAGGCUGUGGAAGCUUCAGGUGCUGCUGGAGAUAAUGCUGCAACAGGGUCUGUGGUAAAACACAAGAUACUGAAGACCGGUUUGGAUAGAUCUAUCCUAUCCAUGCAAAACCUGCGAGGGAAGCAAAAGUUGAAAUGGCACGGAAUAUUACGAGAGUGUCAUGCUGCAUUAAAAGCCACUUAUGGUGUUGACUCUGCAAAAGAUAUGAUUUUGAAGUUCAUGAAGGAGAAUGCUAAGAACGCAGGUCUAGAUUUAGAUGAAGAAACACUCUGCGACCCAACAUGUCUUGCGUUGGCCAUCAGACGUCUCACUAACCAGAUGGAACCCUCAUCACCAGUGCAAGCCACAGAGGACGAUGAGAAGGAAAGAAUGUCUCUACUGAAAGAAUAUGAAGUGGCUAGCAAGAUGGUUGCCACGACAAAGUUUAACACGGAACAAUCAUCUGUUUUGAAAGUCACCAGCACAGCACCCUAUCAUAACCAGAAUGCUGGAAAUCUAUUUGAAGAGCCUCCACCUAGCUACACUUCAACUGACCAAAUUAAUCAUUUGCCCAACCUCGCUAUUGAAACUAGUAAACAUUUCGUAAAUAGCACAUUACCACUUGAUAGUUAUGCUUCAUUUGUAAUGUCAAACCUUCGAUCAGUCAGCAAUCCAUCGUUUAGUUCACAAAGUAUACAACAAAAUAGAGGAGCGGAUACUCAGUUGAUGUGUAGUCGACAGGCGAAUUAUGACAAUAAAUGUUUACGUAGAGCUAGAUCAGAUCCAACUUGUUAUUAUUCCGAGAACAAUGUAUCUAGGCAGCCAGUGGCUAAACCGAGGAGAGAAAUAGACACAUCAGUGGGUGACUCUUUGACAGGCCAACCGGCAAUGAAUUAUAUUCCACCAAGCCCGGGAAUUGUAAUGCAAGAGUUGAAUAAGGUAGAUGCCAUUCGUAGUCCUCAUGAACAUGCACAUAGAGACAGGAGAAUGCAAGGACAAUCAUUUAGAAGUAGGUUAUCAAUUAACCUAAGUGUACAUAAAUCAAACGCAAAAAGAUCACCUACGGCUAUAAUCAGUCCUAUGCGCCGAUCUCCACCUAAUGUCAAGGAGAAAAACUCAUCACCAGUCAAGCCGGGUUUGUUGGACCACUCGUGUUCCUCUGACUUUGAAUUAGAAAAUGCAGCUCUAGAUGAUGACUUACUACAGGUAUUACUGGAUGACGAACCAUGUCUAGAAAACGGAAGAUUUAAAGAUUACAACCCAGGUGUUGCACAUACGACAAGUAGUACAUCGACAAGGUGUUCAGAUGAAACAUAUAUGCGACUAGUAAUGUCUAGUGAAAAUAUUGUCCAGGUGUUUGCUGCUGUAACCAAUUGCCAUGAAAAAAUUCCCAUAUUAGUUUGCCUGACAAAGACAAAAUGUACAGAAGUUCCAGAAGAGUUCGAGGGAUUUCGCGUGUUGCAGAAACCUUUCUAUCCAUCAUCGCAAGAAUCACUCAAAGCGGAAAACUCUGUUGAUAUUAGUUUUAGAGGAAGGAAGUACAACAGAUUUUUAAAAAAGAUGAAAAACAUUAACGAAACAAUAGCCUUUCAUGCAGAUAAACUAUUUCAGAAUCAUUCAAACUUAGAAGCUAUAAGAUUGAGUUUAGUUCGCGCCACCCGACUUGGUUUUCGAAAGAGACCAUGUAUCGUACUAGUUUGUCGCUGUAAGUCUUAUAUUCCAUUUGGUGAGUAUGCAUUUCCAACAGAAUUGCGACAUCCAAAGCAAAACUUUACUUUUAAAACAGAUGUUAGAGAAGGAUAUUUCAUUUUGUGUGUUAAUGGCCACGUCAUAACAAGAUACGCAAAUGAAUGGAAUAAGGAACUUGCAAUGGGUUGCAGCAUAGGGCCAGAAAAAGACAAGUAUAGUGCUUCUAUCGGGCCGUUUGUUAACAUUAAAGAGACGAACGAAACAUGUUUACUUACAGUUAGACAUUUAUUUCAGCCACUUGAUAAACCUAGCGACCAAAUAGUUGGAACAAACGUUGUUCAGCCAGCAGACGGUGACCUGUCGAGACAAGUACAAAUGCCGAAUCGGCGGUGCGGUACAGUUAAGGCGGCAGAAAUGAAUGAGAAAAUUGACGCAGCUUUGGUUACGAUAUGCCCCGAGCGUAUUCCAAGUCGAGGAAACUUUGUUGAUGUGAGAAGGGACGAUCUCGAUUUUGCAGGUUUUACGGAGCACCAAUAUCCAGUAUAUGACGAUGGAAGCACACAAAACGCAACCGAGUUUACUGCCAACGACUUUUUAUUUGACAGAAUUAUAAAAUUUGGCAAAGAAUCUGGUUUACGCAAAGGUACUCUUCGAAUUUCAAAUAUGGCGAUAAAAGUUGUAACUGAAAUCGGAAGUAUACAGCAUGGCGGUCGGUCACAAAGCCGAAAAUUAUCAGGCCAGCUUCAGGUUGAUUCGUACGCAAGAAAAACUUUUUGCCAAGAAGGAGACUCCGGGUCGGCCGUUUUUCAUGUUGAUCGGGAAAAUAAACUACACUGCAUUGGUAUAGUAACUGGGAUAAUGUCAGACUUAACCUGUGUGGUUACCCCAAUUCAACCAAUACUGGAGGGCCUCGGAACAAAAAUCAAUAAAACAUUGGAGUUGAAAAGCUUCGUUCAUGAAGACAUGGAGGUUUGAGGAAAUGUAGGUAGUUCUUCAUGUUCUAAAAAUCGGAAGUAAUGACACAACGUUAUAUUCCGGAUAACAUGGAAUAAAGCGUGGAAACUAAAUUUAUUUUAUGAAUUAAAGGCAUAAUGUGAUUAGAUUUAUUAAAACUGAAACGAAACUAUCCUUCUUAAGAUAGAUAUGUUAUCUUAAAGUUUGACAAAUUAAGGUGAUUCGUGGGUUUCCUACGAAAAUUUUGAAGUAUGAGAUAUAAGACUGAUAUUAGAUUUCCCUUGAAAAAUACAUAUGCCGCCAGGUGGCGCUCCUCAAAGGAAAUUUGGACUCGAAACGAUUUUCUCCAAAUGUAAGACAGGAGAUUGUAGUACACACAGACCUAAUAUCAGUCUUAUAUCUCAUACUUCGAAACUUUCGUAGGAAUCCCGCGAACCACCUUAAAUAGUUCCAAAUGAUAUCCUAAAAUUAGCUGGAAAUCUAUACAUUUUAUUUCACUAUAUUUAAGACGAGAUGUUUAUUGACGAGUGUGAGGAGUUUAAUUUAGGUCUACAUUAUAGAAAAAAUCCCUUCAAGAAAUUUCCACAGAUUCAGAUAAUGAAAACCUGUGUAAGGUCGACCUUCAAUCAGGGCUGUUAUAUUUCGAUCUUCUCAGAUCGUUCAGCACGACUUUUAUGUCGUGUUACUGGUACUGUUUAAGUUCUCAGCAUGAACAUUUCGGCCUGGGUGGUUCCAAUACUCCCGCUUUCAUAGCUUUGGGUAUUGUUUAAUCACCCCUUGGAUAUGGUGCCUGCAUUUUUAAUUUUGUCUUUUGGCAGUUCCUGUGAUAUGCAGACUCCAUAACCUCAGAUCCCCUUUCUAAAUUCCAGUUUGUUUAGUUCUGCUCAUUGUUUUCUCGUUUAGGGCAAACCCAUUAUUUUAACUGGGGACCAUACGCCGCUUUUCGUGGAAUUACACGCUAGUGUAUCAUUGAAGGUUCCAUGUGCGACGCCGUAUGAACACAUCUGCGGAUGUCUCUAAAUUGUUUUUUGUACUUUUAGCAUGUGUAAAUGUUGAGUUCUGCUCAACCCGUGGCUAGAGGGCGUGGAAGGUAGCAUGCGUUUUAACUACCAUCCAUGAACAGGCUCAAUCAAGCCGAGCUUGCAACAUUUUCGUUUUUGUUGUGUUGAGCGACCUGUGGAGUUUCCACUUUUUCUAUUUUAUUUUCACAGCAGCGUUGUUUGUGCCGUGUGGCGGCCGUAAAAAGUCUCCCCGUACAUUCAGUCAGGGCUGUUAUAUUUCGAUCUUUUCAGAUCGUUCAGCACGACUUUUAUGUCGUGUUACUGGUACUGUUUAGUUUCUCAGCAUGAACAUUUCGGCCUGGGUGGUUCCAAUACUCCCGCUUUCAUAGCUUUGGGUAUUGUUCUGCUCAACCCGGGGCUAGAGGGCGUGGACGGUAGCAUGCAUUUUAACUACCGUCCAUGAACAGGCUCAAUCAAACCGAGCCUGCAACAUUUUCGUUUUUGUUGUGUUGAGCGACCUGUAGAGUUUCCACUUUUUCUAUUUUAUUAAAUCAGUCUUGCAAAAAGUCACGUACAUCUUUUUGCCUUUGUCGAAUUAUCAGGAUUUCAUCAAAUUUUAUACUGCAGAAUAAAUUUUGAUCCAAAGGUGCAGAGCUACUUUAAAGCUACAUGCAAGGUUGCAAAUCAUUUAACAGUUCAGUAAAGGUUAAAGUUAAUAUAUGGGAGGUUAUGUUUUUGAAUGAUAAAAUGAAGAAAAAACUUACUUUGACUUAGAAUGUGUUUGCGAACAUGACUAAUGACAUGGUAAUAUCGGCUAACACUUUUUUUGUAACUUAUCAAAGAGUUAUAUAUAAAUAUAUUAAGCAACGAUUUUUGUUGUUAUUAUUUAUUAUUAUUAUUAUUAUUAUACCUGAUUUAUUUAGCGCCCUUUUCAUAAUAAACACGUUCAAAGGCGCUUUACAUAUAGCAAACGCAGCCAUACAGGGCGGGAAAUUCAUCCUCUACUAGUACAAUUUGUUGUUAUGUUAUACAUAGGUUGAGACAUAUUGAUUGUUUAUUACAUAAUUUGAUUAGUUAAUCCGUAAUGUUUAGUGUGUUGUCGGACCGAGACAAGUUAGAUUUUGUAUUAAUUAUUUCAUUUUCGAUUCUACUGUUAUAUCUGACUUUUGUGAUUCAUCUUGAAAUAACAUUACAUAUCGUUAUUGUGUAUUAUUACUCAUAGAUUACUCAUAGAACAUAGUGAUGCUUUUAUAAGCAUGUGCUGCUUUGAAUGGGCACAUUCAUACGAGGGUCCUGUUCUGUCACUAAUGGGAUUCCGUAGUUCUAUCCCAGGUAUUUUUUAAAACUCUUCAUUUCACGUGAAUGGUGUGUCCGAUAGCUAACGAUAUCCGUUUAUUUUGUGCAAAUUGCUUUUCAAAUGACCGAGUUGUUUCAAAUUGAAAUACAUGCAGUCAUACACACUGACCAAUUUACUUGUCAAAUUGUAAAAUUAACGAAAAGACUGAAAUUCGUGGCUAUAUUAAAUGCCAAAUUAGGCUUGGUAUAGAUUCAAAGCAAAUAUUUGAUAAACUGUGUGGUAUAUAUUGACCCCAGGCCAUUUCAAUGCGCACAGGUUUUAGGUGGGUUAAAGCUUUGAAAGCUGGGAAGUUAUCUAUCGAAGAUGAUAUCCGUUCUGGUAGGCCUAGAACCUCUGUUACCAAGGCCAACAUCGCUGCUGUAAAAACUGUGGUCGAACAGGAUGCGCGAUUGUCGUUGAAAGAUAUAGCUAGUUGUACUGGAAUAUUAGAAGGCAGUGUGAAAACUACUCUGAAAAAGCGUUUGGACCUAAGAAAGGUUUGCGCUAGGUGGGUAUCCCAUUUGCUUACUGAGGAGUAAAAGAAACAACACCUUAAAUGUGCCCGGGAACUUUUGAAAACAUAUAAUGGCUGUGAUAGUCGGGUUAUUUCUAACUUGCUAACAGGCGACGAAAUAUGGAUGCACACGUCUGAGCCAUAGAGAAGGGCUGAUAACAAGCAAUGGAAGCGAAAAGAUCAAAAACACUCCUGUUUUGCCAAGAGAACCGUAAGUUUGAAAAAGAUGUUGUACGCAAUUUUAUUCAAUUCUAGUGGGCCAGUCGUUUGAGUGCCUUGUCCAACUGGUCAUACAGUCAAUGGACGAUUAUACAAGAACUCUGUACUGAAGAAAGUGAAAAAGUUUUACAAUAAGAAACGUCCAAGCAAAGGAUGGUCAUCUUAUAUAUGACAACGCCUCCUCUCACAAGUUCGAGGUUGUUAAGUCUUUUUUUGGCUUCUGAAAAGGUGGAAGUUGUAAACCAUCCGCCUUCUUCACCUGACAGGAGUCCCUGUGACUUUUUUUUUAUUUCCAAGGCUUAAGAAAAUGCUUUUUGGAAAGAAAUGUAAGUCUUGAAAUUCUGUCGGCAGCGCCAUUUAUCAGUGUCUCAAACAGAUACCAAAAGAAGACUAUUUAUCUGUUUUUCGCGAGUGGGCAAAAAGGUAACAAAAUGUGUUUCGGUGAACACUUUGUAAUAAAAAGAAUUUUGAUAAAACGUAGCACUUAAGAAAUCCGAACCCAAAAGACAGAACUUUUUGCAGGACCCUCGUAAUCCACCCGAGUAAGCCUAAAAUGAUCAAUAUUAAAUAAAUAUUUCAAAUGUAUAAAACCCUUUCUCAGAAUAAAUCAACAAGUACAUUAAUAAAAACUAUUUUAAUACAGAAAA